CACACAGACACACACACACACACACACACACACACACACUCACACACAGAAUCUGACACUCAGCUCUCUGUGUGCGUAAACUCAGCACACGGCAGAUCUCUUCUCCAGGUUUAGUGUUUUCUGCGUCUCACAGGGGAGAUGGAUGAGGAGAGUGUAAAGAAGAAAAGUGUGCAAAAUGGCAGUGUCACCCUCUCACACACCCAGAAGGAGGAGAAAGCCACCGUGCUUCAGAAAGAGGUAGGUCUGUUGAGCGGAGUGUGUUUGAUCGUGGGGACGAUGAUCGGUUCCGGAAUCUUCAUCUCGCCGAAAGCGGUACUGCAGGGAACAGGAGCCGUGGGGCCGUGCCUGUGUGUGUGGGCCGCAUGCGGAGUGCUCGCAACGCUGGGGGCCCUGUGCUAUGCGGAGCUGGGCACCAUGAUCACUAAGUCUGGGGGUGAGUACCCGUACCUGAUUGAGGCGUUUGGGCCGGUCCUUGGCUUCCUCUACUCCUGGACCACCAUCAUCGUCCUCAAGCCUUCAUCCUUCGCCAUCAUCGCCCUCAGCUGCGCUGACUAUGCAGCCACGCCCUUCUACCCAGGAUGCACCCCCGCCUCAGCUCUGCUGAUUUGUCUGUUGAACAGCCUGAGUGAGACUCUGACCUUUGCCCUUUGUCCUCUGGUUGGUAUCCUCAGUGCUGAAUCUGCCUGGUGAAACUGCCUGAGUGUGAAGCUGGCCAACUACAUCCAGAACUUCUUCACCGCCGCCAAACUCUUCAUCAUCCUCAUCAUCGUGGUGGCCGGGAUGGUGCUACUGGCUCAAGGGAACACACAGAACCUAACAAAUACAUUUGAAGGGGCGACCACAUCUUUUGGAGCCAUAGGACUGGCUUUCUACAACGGCCUUUGGGCUUAUGAUGGGUGGAAUCAGCUGAAUUUCAUCACAGAGGAGCUGAAAAACCCCUACAGAAACCUGCCAUUGGCCAUCAUCAUAGGCAUCCCCCUGGUGUCGGUGUGUUACGUGCUCGUCAACGUCGCCUACUUCAGCGCCAUGACGGCCACCGAGCUUCUGCAGUCUCCUGCUGUCGCCGUGACGUUUGCUGACCGUGUGCUGUACCCCGUGUCAUGGGUGGUUCCUCUCUUCGUGGUCUUCUCCACAUUUGGGGCAGCCAAUGGGAGCUGCUUCACUGCAGGCAGGCUGACAUAUGUAGCUGGACGGGAGGGCCACAUGAUUAAGAUUCUGUCCUACAUCAGUCUGAAAUACUAUACCCCAGCUCCAGCACUCCUUUUCAAUGGCUUUCUGGCUAUCGUGUACGUCAUCCCUGCGGACAUCAACACUCUGAUCAACUACUUCAGCUUCGCCCAGUGGGCCUUCUACGGUCUCACCGCCCUCGCCCUCAUAGUCAUGAGGUUCACCAGGAAAGACCUGCACAGACCUGUCAAGGUCCCUGUGGUGAUUGCGGUGCUGGUGGUGGUGGUGUCUGGUUAUCUGGUGUUGGCCCCCAUCAUUGAUGACCCCCAGCUGGAGUAUCUCUACUGCACCGCCUUCAUCCUCAGCGGAGGCGUCUUCUACCUGCUCUUCGUCCACCACAGCUUCCACUGGAGUCAGAGAAUCAUGCGUCCACUCACCAUGCACCUGCAGCUGCUGAUGGAGGUGGUUCCCCCCGAGAAGAUGGACUGAAGAGCAACACAACACAACACACACACACACACACACAUAUUAACACACACACACAC